CUGAAGGACUAACUGUGGCAGGAUUCUGUUGUUACUGGACAAUGCUUGCGGAUUUUGUUCACAUUGUGCUCGCUGCCAUAAUAAGCAAAUAGUUAAGUAAAAAAAAUCCUUUACUGAAUAGUGCUGAUUAUUAAAUAACUUCAGAAACUCUCCCUAUCUGUCGCUUCUAGAGAGCUAAAUGGUUAAUCUGUUUUUGAUAUUCGGAGUUUAUAGUACCCUGACGAUUUAAUACAGCAUCACCCCUGUGUUUUCGAAGAUCAAGAUGCGCCUUCCGGAUUGGACAGUUUUGUGGAUGGUGUGCAUGGUUCAGCUGACUUCGUUUGUCCUGGCUAAUACCGUUCCGCAAACCUCCAUCCGGGAUCACAAAGACGCGUCAAUUGACGACAGUUAUGAGGAAUACAGCAAUAUAGAUCCUUUCCAUAGACAACUAAUGAUGCAGGUGUAUGGUGCUCACCGAUUUGGUGGAUUUGGGACAUUUCGUCCGUCUGGAAACGGCACUUCUGGUGAUAUCGGGAGUGCAAUGCUGAAAUGGUUCCUCGGCAUUUCGGGAUCGGCCAUUCUCUUUCUGGUGUGUCUUCUCAUGUUUUUGUGCCGUGCAGAUUUGGCGAGGUGCUUCCACCGCAUCUACCGCAAACUGUACAAGCGCUGGGCCGAUAGGUACGCAGCUGACCGGCAGGCGAUCAUCAAAGACGUGGACGACGAGCAGUUCUCGACCUCCGAUCCCAAUGAGAAACUGGUGGUGGACAAGAUCGUCUACCGAGCGGUCAAUUUUAGGCCAUGGGAAAGCAUGGAUGGUGCGAAGCAGGAAUACACCGCCGUGCCGCCGGCGCCGGACUCCCCCCUGAAAGACGCACCGUGCCUGGUACUGUCGAACGGCCCGCAGCAAGACCCCGUCAAGUCAGUAGAGACGACUGAAAAGACCGACAAAAAUACAGAGGACAUUAGCUCAUAGAAAUAUAAAUAGAGCCUAAAAGUAAAAGGUCACGUGACGAGAUGGUGGAACCCUCGCGCAGCCCGCCUACGGGCAUUUUACACUGGUUGCCCUUUCUUUUGCUAUAAUUGUUGACAAUGAUUUCUAACCGGAAUCACCCCAAGAAACAUUCAUUUUGUAACUUUACCUUGGUAUUCCUCAAGGAAAUGGGUAAAACGAGAAAUGGGCAUAAACGACUUGUUCUUAUGACCUUUCACGUCCGGCUUUUCCGUUCCUAUGUCUUCUUUGUCCGUUCACGUUUGUUUACGUGUGAAUGAAACUUUAUAACGAGGCGAACAUUUAGAAUUUGGUCGGGCUGGCUCGAAUUUCAGCAGUCAUUUUAGAUUUUUUCGUAAAUGCUAAAGAGGCCUUCAAGUUUAUUCUAAAAAGUUUAUCCUAAAAGACAUCUUAGUCUCCUACUUAACUUUCAUUUUUCACCCGAUAACCGCCAUUUCAUAAAUUUUCAUAUUUGUACGAGUACAUCGAGCUCCACUAGUCCACGCGUAUUUUAGUUUUUCGGAAGUGAGAGGUCAGUUUUUGGCACGAUAUUUCACUUUAACGUCAGACGAUUUUCAGCUUCCAUAAAUUGAGAUACUAGAAACAAUUUUACAAAUGCCCUUUGCGAAGGUGACUUUCUUAAGAUAUUCAUAUAUCAAAAAUAAUUGCAAAUUUGUGCACGUUAAUUUUCCUAAUCAAGGGCUCCGGAAUCGGCAGCACGCCACCAGGGGUGAACUUUCAGGCUUUAUUGACUACCCUCCAUGGUAGUCAAAGAACUAUUGAAUUGCAACGAAUCCACUGUUUGUGGCAAAAAUUGGCUAUGAUGCGCCUGCAUACGACGCCAUUUUGGCGCUGCUUGCAAAGCAUGCGCUUACCUGAGUGAUAUGGGGCGCUGAUGUGACAAUCUAAGGAUUCGGCACAAUUUCCGUUAUGAGGACUUAAAUUAUUUGUCUAUUAGUGGGCCAGAUGGGGGAAAUAUUCGGGGGAAUUGUGCCUUUGAUGAUUCAAACAUGGAAUUUGGCACACAGUCAGUGUUUGUCAUGAGUAAGAUAUUUGCGAUGGCCAUCGUAGAUUUGUCCUUUGAAAAAAUAUAGGUAGAAUAACAAUCAAUUUUCAAAAUUUUCAAAAUUUUCAA